AUGCCGACCAAAGACUUCCAGAGGGACCUGAAUCAAGCCACCACGCCGGGUCGAUUCUCACAAAUCACCGGGGUCAGGGCUGGUGAAGGCGAUGGCUCUAUUUCAUUUACCUUUACGGAGCCUCGAGCAGGCGCCAGCUUUGGCUUCGAGGCGAUAGUCCAUGUCGCAGAUCCCCACGAUUACCCUUCAAGCCACACCUUUUUUGUUUACUCCACAUCCGAAGAUGUUCCUGCCGAGAUCACACAGGCCGUCGAUGAUACCGUGCCUCAAUUCGAUGGCCUGUCUAUCCACGAUUUUUUGUCUACGUUGGAACGCGUCGUCUCGGCGGCAGUCCAGGGCUCCAGUGCCCCGUCUUCCGACGAGAUGAUCGACGACCUUGCUACCUCGAGCGAUCAAGGGUUCAUAGACGACUAUGAACCAUCCGACUGGACAGAGGAUGAAGACACCUUCUUCGCCAUCACUAAAGCCCCCGCUAUUGUGCGAGAGAAAAUCCGAAGUGAUCUUCGUGCUGUGAAGCACGCGGGCUUCAAAGUGGGAUAUCACGGGGACCCAGCGGGCUCCGUUUUCGUGUCGCUGGCCAUCCGCAUCGCCAAGUUGGGUCUCUCGGAAGAGGCCAUGAGCGCAUGGAAUGUGCGUCCCACGGAGUAUUUGGUCCUCCUGAUUCGCUAUACCAGAUACCAGACCAUGGAGGAGCUUAACAAUGGCGGCGACUCCAUGAUUCAACUGCGAGUGGGACUUUGUGACUCCUACAAGCCAUCCUUCAGGAGCACCGUCAAAGCCUUCCAGGACACAGUGCUCCCCAAGAAACAGAGUGCAGAGGCAGCAGAACAGGACCCGGGUCCACUUCUUCGAGGAUUGUUCAUCGGGGCACCACUCGAGAAGCUUCUCAAUGAGCGAUUCCUCGGUAUCGCGAGACUUCGGUUAAAGUACGGUUUCUCCUGGACGGCAGCUGAAUUGUUCUUUCACACCAGCCAAGGGAAGGUCCUCAGCCCACAUGACGCCCAUUCAGAAGAAUUCAUGGUGGAAGACACUUGGGUCACGCCUGCUCCGGAUUUCCUGCGGACCGAUCAUAUGGCCGACGCAGGUCUUUGUUUGCCCAAAAUUUCAUUUCCUCUUCUAGCCAUGCUGUUUCUCAUGCGUCACUUUAUCAAGUGCACUGAGUUCUGUCUCGUGUGCCAUUGCAAAACCUACGACAGCUUCGAAGCGCUGAAGCCGUAUGUCUGCUCCAAUGGGCUUUGCCUGUUUCAGUAUAUUACGUUUGGCAUGGGGCCAAGUCUGGAGUAUGAGAUUCGCUCUCAGCCCUAUGUCGUGGAUAUGCUGGUUUCCUUAGCCUACGCGCGAGCCAAGUCGGGCCGUCUCGUGGACUUUCCGACUGGGCUGGGACUCAAUGUUCCGGAUACUCUAGUCCCCGACAGUGACACUGCCGUGCGCGUGGGUCCAAACCCGCCUUCGUCAAAUCAAGUACACACCGUCCGGACUCCUCCACAUGCUUAUGAGGCGACACUGAUCACCACCAGGAUGGAGCUUUCACACGCGUUCGUCCCGCAGGUCAAUGUUGGCAAUUGGAUCGUUAUUCUCAACCCCGAAAAGCCUGUGAUAGCAGAGAACAAAACCGCAUGGCAUUGCCGGGUUCAGCAUAUCGGAGAGACAUCCGGAUUUGUCUCUCUCUCGUGUCCUCUCUCUCAAGGCCGACAAUUGUCAGACGCCGAGAUUAUUGACAAAUACCCUGCUUCGAGAGAAGUGCAGUACGUGAUUUACGACAAAAAUUUCGACGACCUGGACCCUGACAAGAAGCGAAAAAGUAUCACGAUGCUCCUCGGCACUCUUCCCAGUGUCGAUUCGAUGGUUGCUUUUCUGGGCCAUCACGGAUCUGGCAAAUUGCUCUCUUCUUGGCAGGAUGUGGUGGCCCCAGCUGCAUUGGACCUGCUUCGGUGGGUUGUCGCCUCAAAUCGAUCCUGUAUCUUACAGGAUAGCUCGGAAUCAAAAGACCUGGUGUCCGGCAUGAAGGGAUUCAUUCAGUUUCGACUGGUUCAAGGAGCGCCAGACAAAGAGCAACGCUUUAUGGAAGCGGUCAAUCAGCAUGCCAUGCACACCAAGUCUGCUUAUCCCACCAUCUUUGCCUGGCAUGGCAGUCCGCUGCAUAACUGGCACAGCAUUCUUCGAGAAGGGCUACACUUCAACGAGGUUGCGCAUGGGCGUGCUUAUGGUCACGGUGUCUACCUAUCGAAUCAUUACGGGAUAUCAGCGGGCUACGGGAGUCAUGGUUGGGGUCAGAGCUGGCCACAAAGCAAACUGAACAUCACCUCCAUGAUAUCCUUGAACGAAAUCGUCAACCACGCAGCGAAAUUUGUUUCAAUCUCCCCGCAUUAUGUUGUGCAGCACCUGGACUGGAUCCAACCUCGAUAUCUCUUCGUACAAAUAGGCAAGGAAUCAACCGUAGAUGCGAAGUGUGAGGAGACCGCACCAUCUGUUAUUUACCAACAGGACCCGAAACAUUUGGUCCAGGGUCCGAACGGGAAAUCGAUUCAUAUACCCAUUUCAGCAUUUAGCAGCAAGCGGCGACAGAGUCUUGAAUCUGCCCCAGCUAAAGUGCAGAAUAAGACCAAGACGAAGAAAAAGAGGGGUCCAAGGGGCUCCCCGAUUGAUGUCGAUAGCUUUGACGAUGCAGCGAGCAUUUCAACCGACAUCGAAGAUCUCGACAUUCUCCUUUCCGAAUCCGAGAAAGAACCGGAUGGAGUUAUUUCGAACAAGAAGAAGAAAGGCAGUGACAAGAAAGUACCAAAGACCGACUUCAUCCCAGGGACCCUUCACGAGCAAAGCUUACGUCUGCUCUCACCACCCACAUUUGCGACUAGCACGGCCACCAAGCUCCUUCAGAGGCACCUUCAGGCAACCCUGAAAGUCCAGGCCAGCGAGCCACUUCAUGAGCUCGGCUGGUACGUGGAUCCAAACUUGAUCAAAACGGUCUAUCAAUGGAUUGUAGAGCUGCAUACCUUCGAUCCAACUCUUCCCCUCGCCAAAGACCUCAAAGCCGCAAAACUCGCCAGCGUCAUCCUCGAGAUACGCUUCCCACCACAGUUCCCUAUGGACCCGCCAUUCGUUCGCGUUAUACGCCCGCGAUUCAUGGAAUUUGCUCGAGGUGGCGGCGGCCAUGUCACAGCCGGAGGAGCCAUGUGCUUGGAACUACUUACCAACUCGGGCUGGUCGGCGGUUACCUCAAUGGAGAGUCUCCUGCUACAGGUGCGCAUGGCUCUUAGUGCUACGGAUCCGCACCCUGGACGACUGUCGCAUGAACGUGUCGGCGAUUACUCCGUCGGCGAGGCGGUUCAAGCCUAUACACGAGCUUGCAUGGCUCAUGGAUGGGUGAUCCCGAAGGACAUGAAGGCGAUGUCGUGGUAG